UAUCACUGUAAACCGGUGGCUAGGAUCCUCCCCCUUUCCAAUUCGACUCGAUAUCUUUACGGCCAGUAGUCAAAGUGGAUUAACGAUGCCUUCGGACGACGAGCGCAGUGUGAGCGACGUGAGCGACGUGGAGGAGGAGGUGCAGACCCCGCCGGAGGAGGUCGAGGACUGCAGCAACUCAGAUGUGGUCACCAAGUACAAACUGGCGGCCGAGAUCGCGCAGUCGGCGCUGCAGGGCGUGCUCUCGCAGCUCGAGGCUGGUAAGGACGUGGUGGAGCUGUGCAAGUUCGGCGAUCUGAUCGUGGAGCAGCGCUGCGCCGGCAUCUUCAAGAGCAAGAAGGUGGACAAGGGAGUGGCCUUCCCCACAUCCAUCUCGGUCAACGAGAUCCUGUGCCACUACUCGCCUCUGGCCAAUGAGUCCAUGACUGUGAAGGCCGGCGACUGGGUCAAGAUCGACCUGGGCUGCCACAUUGAUGGCUACAUUGCCGUCGUGGCCCACACGGCUAUCGUUCCCGCCGAGGGCUCGGCUGCUGACGCCGAGUUCCCUGAGCUUAAGGGCGAGGAGGCCGACGUGCUCAAGUGUGCCCACGACGCUGUGGAGCUGUGCGCGCGCCUUAUUAAGCCUGGCAACACCAACUUGCAGGUGACUGAGGCGCUGACGAAGCUCGAGGAGUCGUACGGCGUUAAGAGUCUGCAGGGAACGCUUAUGCACCAGCUGAAGCGCUUCGUGAUCGACGGCAACAAGAUCAUUGCCCAGAAGAUGGACGUGGAGAAUCGUACCCCCAAGGUUACGUUCGAGCCCAAUGAGGUGUACACUAUUGAUGUGUGCUACACCACCGGCGGUGACAAGCCCGUGAACAGCGAGCGCCGCACCACGGUGUUCAAGCGCCAGGUGGACAAGCAGUACCGUCUCAAGAUGAAGGCUUCGCGUUAUGUCUUCAAGGAGAUCAACAACAAGUUCCCCACUCUGCCCUUCACCAUUCGCGCCUUUGAGGACGAGAGCCAGGCUCGUAUGGGUGUCGUCGAGUGCGUCAAGCACGACCUGCUGCAGGCGUACCCUAUCCUGGAGGGCCGCGAGGGCGAUAAGGUGGCUCACUUUAAGGUUACGGUGCUGCUGCUGCCUAACGGCACCACUAAGAUCACGGGCCUCCCAUUCCCCAGUGACAAGGUGCACUCGGAGAAGACCGUAGACGACGAGACUGCCAAGAUUCUUGCUACUUCUUUGAAGAAGAAGAACAAGAAGAAGAAGAAGAAAACGACCGCUUAAGGUCGUCACUUCUGCUGUCCUCGUCGCUGCUUAGCGGAUGAUGAUGCUGCAGCGAGAGACUUGGCGAUGCUUCAUUCCUUUCAGGUUGAAAUCGACGGCGAAGCAAGCGAAUCGGGGAAAAUCAAAGUCGUAGCGUGGGUUCUCGUCCUUCUUCUUUUCCUUGCGGCUGCUGCCGCAGCAGCGAAGGAGGAAGCCAAUAGCUCGUUUCUUCGGAAAGCAAUAAAAUAUUUCCUUUUCCCCUUGGACGGUUGUGCUAUC